AUGAAUUCUUUGUUUAGAUCACUGAAUCCUCUUCGAUUUCGAGUUCAGCAGUUUUCGACCACUCCAAUUGUUUUUAAAGGACACUCAAAAUGGCAAAAUAUCAGAGAAGUGAAGGGAAAGAACGAUGCUUUGAGGUCUCAGCAGAUUUCUUGGUUCCUAAAAAAGAUUAGAAAUGCGUGUAAGAAUGGAGGGUUUGAUCCGAAGUUUAACAAGGAUUUGGAGAAGUUGCAAAAUGAAUAUAAGGCCAAGAAUUUACCUUCUGAAUCCAUGGCUAAGUAUAUGGCACGACUUCGGGUACGUUUUUAUCUUGUUUUUUAUUCUUUUAGGUAUUUCAAGAGCGAGGUGUGCUUAAUUCAUUAUGUUAUGUAUUUUUAGCGAAGAUAUGAUUGACAAGAAUAUUUUAGGACAAGCCAGACGUUACACAUUUCUAUGACAUUAUUGGACCUUCUGGUUCUUUUAUCAUUGUCGAGGCGGAAACAGACAGUUACAAUAGGACAAAGGGUCUCGUUUUAAAGUAUAUGAAAAAGGUUGGUUAUUACUUUGAGGUUUAUUAGGUAAAAGUGGGCUAGUAAUAUCGUAGGAUAACUUUAUUUGUAUGGGAUCUUUAUACUUUAAUGUUUAACUACUUUCUAGCUUAUUUUUUCCAACUCAAUCUGUAUUUCACUGUUAGUUAAAAUUAUUUUGUAAUAUUUGAGGAUGAUUUUAAAAUUUUCUGAUUAUAUAGUUGUGAUAUUGUAGGUUGGUGGCUUCAGAAUGUCAGAUUCUUCUUUGAAAAGUCGUUUCGAAGAGAAAGGAAAGAUUGUAGUUGAGCCAAAGAAGUCAGACGGAUCUUUGCUGACAUUGGAAGAGAUGGAAGAAGUUGGGAUUGAGUUGGAUUGUGAAGAAGUAGUUGUCUUUGAGAAGCGAGACGAAGGUGUGGCAAUCGAAUUGACAGUUGAAAAUGGCAAAAUGCACAAAGUCGAGUCUGCGUUAGGUGAGAAAGGAUAUGUUGUGGAGAACAGUCAAGUCAAGUUGAUACCUUUACAUGCGAUUGAAGUCUCCGAACAAGACAUGGACACGAUAAACAAGUUCUACGAAUAUAUGGAUGAGGUAGAUGAAGUACAACAGAUCCAUGACAAUAUUAGUGAGAGCGAAGACGAGCAAGCGACGGCUACUGCUUAA